AUGAAUCAUUCAGCCUUACGAACAUAUCCUCUAAGUGUCGCUGGUCAAUUUCCAAGAAGCGAUGUACUUAUACUUACAGUUCGACAACAACGUACUGCUGAAAUAGUCGAUGCCAAUGGUCGUUUACCAGAAAAAUUAAGAAAGACAUAUCGUGAUGAAGAUUUCAUCUGGCACGAAGAUGAGUAUUUAAUUAUCUUUAUAACGAAAAAUAAUUUACCUAUUCUGAAGCAAAACAAACAUUAG